GGAGAAUGAGAAAGUGCUAAAUGUACAACGGCAAGUUGAAGAAUGUGAACCUAAAGACUAUUGGAAAACAAUCUUCAGCAUUAAACAGUCGGCGUCCUUAAUGAGCGAAACUGCACUUAGAACUGGAUCAGUCUGUUUACGGAAACCUAAUCGGAGGAUUUGUUAGUACAGGUAGUGAGCACCGCCAGAAAAAGUGGCUUCAACUCAUAAAACCAAUGACAGUGUCGACUCUAACAAUAUCAGAGCCCAACAGCUUGCCAAUGGGGGCACUCUACAGUGAUGGCUGUCUGUAGCUUGAGUAGUGAGAGAAGUACUCCUGCCUGUCUUCUAACAGGGAGGCAUGCCACAAACAUUGACCUCUACAAGUAUGUUUAAUACCAGUGGCUUUAGCCAUGAACUUCAACCAACCAAAGAAAACGAACAUGAAAGUCUGAUAUUUCAGGAUGGUAACCUUAUCUCAGCAUCUUUAGAGGCUUUGAUCCAACAUCUCAUACCUACAGUUGACUAUUAUCCUGAAAAAGCAUAUAUAUUUACAUUUCUACUGAGUUCAAGAUUAUUCAUCGAACCCCAUGAGCUAUUAUCAAAAGUAUGCCACAUGUGUAUAGAGCAGCAAAGUCUGGACGAGCCAGUGCUUGACAAGGCACGAAUUAAAAAAUUUGGACCUAAGAUAAUGCAGCUGCUGACAGAAUGGACAGAAACUUUCCCAUCCGAUUUUCGGGAUGACAGAAUGAUUGCACAUCUAAAGGACAUGAUCCACAGGAUAGCGCCCUGUGAUGAGAGUUAUUGGAAGACAAUGAAUCAGCUUUUGCAAACAUUGAACCAAAAACUGGCGACUCUAAAUCAAGGUGAAGAAAACACAGUCAAGCUCAAUGCUAGUGUGUCCGAUAAAUUGGUUAUCAUCAAAACCAAACCUCCAUCCAUUCAAAGAGAUAUACUGAGUAUUUGCAAUGAUCCAUAUACCCUGGCACAACAGCUAACUCACAUAGAACUGGAACGAUUGAGUUUUAUUGGCCCUGAAGAAUUUGUACAAGCAUUUGUACACAAGGAUUCUUUGGAAAACCCAAAGUCUUGCUUCAGUGACCAAAAGAAAACAAACAAUCUUGAAGCCUAUGUCAAAUGGUUCAACAGACUCUGCUAUUUAGUAGCUACUGAAAUAUGUAUGCCUGCGAAGAAGAAACACAGAGCACAAGUGAUAGAAUUUUUUAUUGAUGUUGCUCGAGAAUGCUUUAAUAUUGGUAACUUCAAUUCCUUGAUGGCAAUUAUAUCUGGUAUGAACAUGAGCCCUGUUUCUAGGUUAAAGAAGACAUGGGGGAAGGUUAAAACAGCAAAAUUUUACAUUCUUGAGCAUCAAAUGGAUCCUACAGGUAACUUCUACAACUACAGAACAGCUCUACGUGGGGCAGCUCAUCGGUCACUGACUGCACACAGUAACCGAGAAAAAAUUGUUAUCCCUUUCUUCAGCCUGCUGAUCAAAGACAUUUACUUCCUAAAUGAGGGAUGUGCAAAUCGUCUUCCUAAUGGUCAUGUGAAUUUUGAGAAAUUUUUAGAAUUGGCCAAACAAGUAGGAGAAUUUAUGAUGUGGAAACAGGUUACCUGUCCUUUUGAAGAUGAUCAAAAUAUCAUUCAUUAUCUUCAUACAGCCCCUGUCUUCUCUGAAGAUGGUUUGUAUUUGGCGUCAUAUGAAAGUGAAAGUCCAGAAAACCAGCUUGAAAAAGACAGAUGGAAAACUUUAAGAUCAACACUCUUGGGAAAGACCUGAGUAUGUUGGAGUAUAUUCAGAAUACAAAUCUACUAAUACCAUAGCUUGCACUAUUGACUUCAGAAACCAGCAGAGACCUGGGUUUUCUUGAACUUUGAUGAGCAGGAUUCAUUAGUCAGAGUCGUACAAAUGUGAAGAAGAAAAAAUAUUCCCUGCUUGAAACCAUCUCUAAACAAGCAGUUUUUAAAUUAUACAGAUCUUAUCAAUAGAAAGCUGGAUAAUGCUAAAUUUCAGAAACUGAAAUACUUUUCAGUCAGUACAUGUCCUGAGACUGAUUUAGAUGAAGUAGAUUGCAAGACACGAAAAGAUUUCAAAGUAAGUACUUCCAUUUUUUAACAUAUUCUGGGACUGGAUAGUUCAUGUUUUGAACUCUGCCUGAAAUAGGUUUGGACAUGUGAACUGAACUCAAGAAGCCAGGAUUCAGGAUUCACUGUGUAAAAGUAACUGCUCUUUAUCUCAACUGAAAGAAAUACUUCCAUUUGCAGGAAGGUUCUACUAGACUGACAUUCAGUUGUGUACAUUACUUGGUAAUUCCGUAGAGCACAUAUUUUGUGUUGUAAUAUUUUACUCAAUGGGUACCUGAUCUCAUCAUCUGCAUGCAUUUAAAAUGUCUCAUUAUAGUUUGAAUUACUGUGACAUUUUCACUUGCUUACUUAGCAAGCUUAGAUGAUACAAUUCAUCACUAACAAUAUUUAAACAAUAUAGCAAAACAUAAUGUGCAUUUUGUGUUAUGGAAAAGAUUUUGAGCUAUAAAAUGCUAAUUGUCAGUAUGCCUCGUUCAUAUUAAAUCACAAAUUAAGACAACAGAUUUAAACCUGAUCAAUUGUAAUAAAAGUGGGUGGAUUCUUAACAGGUUGUAGCUAUAUUAUCUGUGAAGUUAUGUAACAGUCGUCUGUUAAAUCCCUGUAAAUAUUAUUACAUGAGGUUUACAUCUGGCAGAUACAUGAUAUUUCCUUCUGAAUUGGGUAAUUUUAUUAUGUAAAUAUGAUUUUCAAUUACUUAUACUAAUUUUAAUUUAUAGUAAAAAAAAUUGUUGACUUCAAUCUGAGUGGUCAUGGUGGUAAAGAAAACGAGGAAGAACUAAGUCUAUAUGAAAGCUGUGUACGAUCCCACAGUUAUUUGAAAUUUGGGAAAUUAAAGCCAUUGAAGAUGCAUGUAGUUAUGACAGACAUAUAUAAUGGCAUUUACUUGUUACUUAAGUACGAGAUAUUUUUGUAGUACAUAAUAUUGUAAAUGGUCUUACAUAUUAGCCAAACUAGUAUCAUAUACCUGAAAUAACAAGGUGUAGAGCUGGAUGUACAAGGUGUACAGCAGGCCAAGCAGCACCAGAGGA